UUUGUAUCUUAUAACAGAAAUCUGUUAGCUGGGCGUGCAUUCAUGAGCUGAUCAUGUGAGAGCACUGUGAUAUCUCUGUGAUAGUGUUGAGAAACAGGAAGUAGAAUGUCCCCCCGGUGACUGAUAUUUGAACUGCCUCGUCUCAACCUGCUCAACAUUUUGAAUUCACAAUGAGCUCAUAUAUUACUCACACUGUGAGGAUCACCGUAUGAGAAUGGUGUGAUGUCACUGUGAUCAUCACGUGACCUCACGUGUUGACUGGGUAUAACAUUUAUCAUACAAAACUAGAAACUCAGGAAUACAGAACAGAAAUAACACCAUUAACAUGACAACAACAAAAAAGUCAAGAUACAAACUGGGCAAUAUAUACAUGAGCAAACUAACAUCCAAACAAGACACAUGUGGCAAACAUAAUCAGUUACUAUGGAAACUCACAGGACAUAAUCAAAAACCAAUACAACUAAUGAAACAGGAACUAAUGCUCCUUUCAAGUCCUCCUGGGACGUUCGUACGUACGAGUUGCUCUGCUGAUCACCAACAUUGUAUUUGACUAUGAAGAGGACAACAGGGACGGAGCAGAGAGAGACGAGGAGAACAUGGAGUGGCUGCUGAGAGCUUUGGGUUACAGCGUUGUGAAACGCAGAAAUCUCUCUGGAGAGGCAAUAGAUAGAGAAGUCAGAAACUUCUCUAAACUUCUCCCUGAACAUCGAGACUCGGACAGCACCUUUGUGGUCAUCAUGUCUCACGGGAGCAGAAUUAACAAUAGAGAUGCCAUUUCAGGUGUCCAUUAUCAUAAGAAGAAGAACCCCAAAGAUGUCUACUUUGUUGACGAGACCUUCUCCCAUCUGAACUCAGUGAACUGUCCCGCUCUGAUUCAUAAACCGAAGGUUAUUCUCAUUCAGGCCUGCAGAGGAGGUCACAGAGGAGGUGUGGAAGUUCAUGACCAAGUGCCUGAUUCAGACUCCUGGGUUCACAGAGAGAAAGACUUUGUCUGCUUUAUGUCCAGCCUCCCUGAUACUGCAUCAUACAGGAAUACUAAAACUGGAAGUCAUUUUAUCAACUACAUAGUGGAGGUUUUCUGUGAACUGGCUCAUAAACAUCACAUUAUGGAGUUAUUCACAAAGGUCACCUCAGACAUGGCGUCACGCCCAGGAAGAACGGAUGACAAACUCUUGCCGUGCCUAGAAAGAACAUCCCUUACAAAGAAAUUAUAUCUGUUUCCUGGGCUCUGAUGUACAGGUUAAAUCAAAACUGGUCUUUCAUACCUGUGUCGCAAUUUUAUUUUACAUUUUAUUCAUCUGAAAAAGUGUUCUUGCUGCCUUUAAAAUUUUAAGUUUACUCAACUCAAAUAUCCAAGGACACUUACUUUUUUCAUUUAAAACAACUUUGUUUUUUACAGUGCAUAUGCUAUUACAAUAUUAACCAUAAAACUGAUUGUCUUAUCCAAAUCCAAAAAAUAGUGAGAA